AUGGCGGGUGUCCCUGCUCAGGGAGAGGCCGGCCGCUGCACUCGGAGGGCGCAACAAAGGCGAGCGGCGGGGGAGGAUUUGCGUGGACUUUUCUGGCCAGCAACAGCUGUGGAAGGGUAUGGAAAAAAUGCAAGUCAGCUUAAAUUUAAAAUACCAAAGAAGAAAGCCAGUACACAAUCAGAUGAAGUCCAUAUUCAGUCUCCGUUGUCCAGACUCACUGAUGCCCACCAGUUUGACUAUCCUUUAAAAGAGUGGAAGUUGGAAACUAGAAAUAAUUUGUAUCAUACAAACGGGAAGAGAAAAGGACACUUUGAGAAACGUCAUAUAAAUGAUGAAGGAGCAGCAUUUAGGCAACCCAAAGUUAUGUUGACGAAUGUCCUGAAGACGGAAGUAGGAAGAAAAUACAUAAAGACACAGCUUAUAACUGAUGCUAAUUUAUCUCAUGCUGUCAAGUUGCAAUCAGCUCGGCAAACCUCAUCAUCUGUUGACAGUAUAGAGAUAUGGCAAAUAUUAAGUUCACCUCACCAAAGCCUUUUUAUAUCUAAAAGGCAACCCAAAGUUACCUUGACGAAUAUUCUGAGGACGAAAACAGGAAGAAAAUACGUGCAAACUCAUCUUUUAGCUGAUGCUAAUCUAUCUGAUGCUAGCAAUUUGCAAUCAGAUGAAGAGCCCUCCUCAUCUGUUGCCAGCCAAUCAUGUCAAAAAAUAAGUUCUCAACAAAGCUGUAUUUUAUCAAAAAGGCAUGGAAGAUAUCAUAGAAGGCCAAAUGACCAUCUUCUGAAACCCUCUAAAGAGACAGAAAGUAGCAAUUCAGUACCGACUCUAAGAAGAUGUGAUGUGGUGCUAGAAGACUGUAGCAUACAGAAUAAAGAAAGAGAUAAUCAAGAUAGAGGAAGAAAAGAUUCAAAGAAUGCCUCUGCUGAUUGGAGGGAAAUAUGCUUUCAAAAUAAUGAAUGCAGAAAAAGAAGAAGUGAAGGUUUUUCAAGUCAGUGGAAUGUACAUUCUCAAAAAAAAUCAUUAUUGUGUAGUAAAGGACAGAGCACAAAACCAAUUGAGUCACCUUGCUGCAGAUGCCCAAGUGAGAAUCACCAGGGUCAAGAACAAAACCCUCAGCAGGCAAACAUAAAAAAACCUUUGGAACUGGACCAUUGUAAAACCUUCACGACUGCUAAUCAGGAUACUGUUGUCAGUUGUCCAGCUGAAAGCUGCUCAAAUAUCUCUCCAAAAAGAAAGCAGCACUCUGUCAUCAGUAAGGAUGUCCAGAUAUCACCCCUAGUUAAUUCUCCUAAGAAACAAGAAGUGAAUACAGCUCAGCCUUUGGAGGAGCCUGGGAAUAUAUUGGAAAAUAGUAAACAGACCGAUGAUUCAGCAGAGCCGAUUGUCCUUUCUAGUGACGAUGAAGAAGAUACUGCUGAAGCAAAGGAUACAAAGUCCUGUCUCCAGACUGGGAAAGGCCACAAACCUGAGAAUAAAGGAAUAGAACAAGAAAAUGUGCUGCCUUUGUCAGAAGAGCUAUCACAGGGUUUAACUGAAAGCAAGACUGAACAAGUUUCCACUGAAUCACUUAUGCUUAAGGAUACUUCUGACUGUAAGACCAGUGAACAGGUGGAUCUUUUCUUAGAUGUAAAAGCUGCCAUGCUUUUUAUUGGAAACUUUAAAGGGACAGCAACAGGUUGUGCCAGAUUUACAACCAGUUACAUUAAGAUUCCACUUGAAGUGGCCCUUAAUAAGAAUAUGGACCUGUUAGUAGAUACCAGACACUUAACAAAGGUUGGUCUGUGGAGUGAAAAGAAUGAUUCCUCAUCUUUAAGGAGUAAUGUUGUAAUUUUUCUUUGGCUGUCAUCAAAUUAUGUGGAACAGAUUGAAAAUCAAAUAGGAACAUCUAUGCUAAACACAAAAGCGAAGAGUACUGGAUUCCUUUUCCUUAAGCUGUCACAGUCACUCACAGAAGAGGAGCAGUUCACAUUAACCAAGAUAAUUUUGGAAGUAAGCAAGAGGAAUUCCACUCCAGAACUCACUGACUUUUUGCCUUGGGAACAAGCAGUUCUGCUUCUUCAAGAUAUUUCCACUGAAGAAAGCUCCUUCAUUAAUUAUUAUGAUACCUGGUUUCAGCAAGAAACGAAGAACACUUCCGUUCUGGUACAACUGCCACCUCAGGAAUCAAAAUUAAGCCUUACCAAGCCCAGUUACUCUCUGCUGCAGAAGCAAAGUGGUGGCCAGUAUUCCUUUUCAAUUUCAUCUGCAAAAGAGGAUGAAUGGAAAGAGUUCCAAGAGACCAGAUCUGUUCACUACUUGAUGGUUUAUCCUCCUCGACCUGCAAAAGGAGGACUGGGUGUAACGAGUGAGGACUUGGAGUGUUUGGAGUAUGGAGAAUUCCUUAAUGAUGUGAUCAUUGACUUUUACCUUAAGUACCUCUUGUUGGAGAAAGCUCCCAGACAGCUUGCUGAGCAGUCACACAUAUUUAGCAGUUUCUUCUAUAAAUGCCUGACCAGGACAGAAAAAAUCUCAGAAGAAAAUCCAAACCUUUCAUUGGCGCAGAGAAGACACAAAAGAGUAAAAAGAUGGACUCGACAUAUAAAUAUUUUUAAUAAAGACUACAUUUUUGUGCCUGUGAAUGAAGAGUAA